CAAGAAAAACCGUUCGAGAUCGAGUUCGGGUUGAAUCUUGAAUUCUAAGUUGAGUGUUGAGACAGUAUUUGAAACUUUAAACUGUUGUAUGCUUGUUUUCAGUUAUUUUUGAAUUGCUCUAACAUUUUUGUAACUAGUUAUUUCACUAUGAAUAAAAGUGAAGGGUUUGAGUUUAAUGCACCGCAAUUCUUAGACUUCAACGCCGAUUUGAAUGAAAGUGAUGGAGCAGAUACAUUUUUUGAUGUUGAAUCUGAAGUACCAUCUCAGAAGGAUGAAAAUAAAGAAAAUAAAUCUGAAAAUUUGGAAACCAUCCGGAUCAAAGAAGAAAUUGUCACACCUCCACAGGUUGCCAAAAACAGUAGUCAUGCAGGAAAUACCCCUACAGUGAAAUCAAUCAAGAAGGAGCAAGUUAGUGAGAAAAAGAGAGAAAUUAAGCUUGCUGUACGCAGACUCUCUGUUAUUAACAAACCACUCUUACCUGUCGCUAAAGUGGAGCCAUUUGCUGUAGUGGGAGAAAAACUUAGUGAUGAUAUGAAGAAGUUGUCAGUGAAAGCUAAAAAACGCACAUACUUUGACGGAAUAGAGAUUGACUUGCAGGAAGAGAAACAACACACAAUGACUACCAGAACAGACCAGGCAAGGAAAACACCAACAAUAGGACUGCGUACACGAGUGGUCAACAAAUCCAUGGGAGGACUAAAUCGGAAACGCAAGUUUACAUUUGGUGAAUGUGAAGCUCCUAUUAAAUAUAUGGCUAUGGCUGAACAGAUUCUUCAUUUCCAGAAGGAUACACCUCCGCGUUUCCAUACAUCAAAGCGCCGUUCCUCAGGUAUCCAUGGUGACAGAUUCAAAGCUCGACAGUCCUACAAUCCUCGAAGGACUAUAGCUAUGACUCCCAAACUAUUGACAUCGAAGCGCAGCCGGCCCGUGGACCUUCCAUCUCAAGAGGCGAGGGAGGAAAUGGAACUGCUUGAGAUGAAAAAACAUCAGGUGAAAGCGAUGCCUUUGAAUGACAAAGUUCUGCAACCACCAAAACCAAUUCAAAAAUCUGAAAAAGCGACCACUGUACCAGACCCAUUCAAUUUGACACAAGUCUUUAAAAAGGCUGAGGAACACGAGAAUGUAAACCAAUUUGAUUCAACUGAAGACUUAAACUUGUUGCCUACUGAUGAGGAAGAGGUCAAGGAUAUUAUUCAUGAGCCUGCACCAAAAUUGGCUGAGGAGGAACCAUUUAGAUUUACAGCUAGGCCAAUGCCAAAAGUCAUUUAUGAGAAGCCAGUUGGUGUCGGGCAGAAGCAGGAACUGCCCAUCACCAUCCCAGCAUCACCAGCCAUCACCAAGUCUGCAAGAUUCCAGAAGACCAUUAGAGUACCUACGCUCUCCAAUGACAACAGAGUGAGCGUAGAAGAUUUGACCAGCUUAGGAGUGCCUUGUAAGUUUACAUCAUUGAAGUCUACAGAAGUAAAGCCUUUCAGCUUUGAACGUAGAGAUAAAGAAUUGAGAGAGAAGAAGGAAAAGAAAAUCCAAGAGAUUUUGGAGGCUGAAAAGAAGGCGAGAGAUUUUAAAGCGACUCCAGCUCCUUCAUUUGAGCCUCCUAAGGAAAUCAUUAGACUAACAAGGAGCUCAAUGCUUGACAGUUCAAAAUCUUCAGUUAUGAGCAUGACAGAAGAGAGUCACCAACCUUUCAAAGCUCGGUCUCCAAAAGUAUUGCGAAAGGCUCCUUUCAAGCCAAGCUUACAGCCCACGCAUUCCCAACCUCUGGAUAUUCAUCUUCACACGGAGCGGCGACUGGCAGAACGACAAGAAUUUGAGAUGAAACAAUAUCUUAAAGAGGAGGAAUUAGCUAUCAUGCGUGAACAGAAAGAGAUGGAAAGGAGAGAGAAGGAGAAAGAAGAAAUAGCAAGACUUCGCCAGGAGACAGUUCACAAGGCUCAGCCUAUGCCAAAGUUCAAGGUUCCACCAAAGCGUUCACCCUCCAAGAUGCCCCUGACAGAUCCCAAGAGUCCCCGGUUCACUAGCCGUAAACGUGCUGAUAAACCUUGUGUCAAACCAAAAUAAACAUAAGCUCUAUAUCAUUUGCAAACUAUUUUAUCUUUUAUUUUGUAUUUCAGUUAUAUAAUGUUUCAUAUUUUUACCUUUGAAACCUCUUUUUACAUUGUAACUUUCACUAUUUAUAUUAUUUUUAAUUAUAGAACUAUAAAAUGUAUUUAUGUUAAAUUUUAGCAUAAAUUAUAUUGCUAGUAUUAACAAAUAAGGGACUAUUUAUCACAUACCGUCUAGAAAUAUAUUUUUAUUGGUAUUAUAAUGCUUUGGACAAAGAAAGCUUGAAAAGUGAGAUUAAAAUAUGCUUGAAACAUUUAAUAAACUUAUUUUUUAUGUUAAAA